GACACAAUUCUCAAAGAGGAUGCCCUAUAUACCCAGGUACAGCCGCGGGAGUGGGGCCUUUUCGGAGUUGAGGAUCCAUAUCUCGGAGUUGAGCAAAAUCGCGGCGGAGUUGAGGAUGUCGAAUCCAUCCUGGCCAGGGGCUAAUAAAGCAGUUGUCUAUUUACGCCGCAAAGAAGUUUGACAACUCUCUCUAUCAUGCUUCAGCAUCUUCGAACUCCCAGCCAUGGUCACAGCACAGAGCACCACCCAAGGGUCCCUCACUUUUGGCCAGCGCUAUGCGGUGCUUAAUUUGGAUUUCAUGACUAUUCUGAUCGACGCCAUCAAGGAUACGACAGAGGGACAGGCAUUCAUCACCAACUGUUCACGCUGGAAUAAUGCUGUUCAUAUGAAGAACGCGCGACCCUUGACUAUCUUCACGACUCUUUACUUCGCCCCAGGACGACCAGAGCUGGCAACAGGGGCGCCCUUCACCAAGCUGCUCGAAGGCUUCGGAUCGUUUGAUGCCGGGUCUCCAGAAGUACAAAUAGCCUCUAAUUUCGUACUAGAUGCGAAAGACAUUGUCCUCCAGAAGAUUAGAUGGCAUGCGGGCUCUGGUAACAAUCUAGAGCACAUCUUGAAAGCGCAAAACAUCGACACAGUCAUCAUUUCCGGAUUAACGCUAUCUGGCGCCGUGAUGAGCACAAUUUAUCGUCUGUUCGAUCUAGACUAUCAAAUUUAUGUCAUUUCGGAUAAUGUGUUGGAGCUACCGCUGUCUCAUCAUCUAGAUUUCUCAAAAGUCAUGUUGGAUGCUCUUCUCCCCAAGAUGAAUUUGAGAUCCAUUUCGGUUGAAGAGGCUUUAGAGGCGCUGGGACGGAGUUAGUCGGUCUUCUACCACCAUUGCUGAUGCACUGUCGUGUCUUGAAUGAUGGGCUUUUAGUGCAAAGUUUGUUCAGCUAAGUUAUCGGGAUAUGCAAAUAUAGGGCAUCAGCCGCCAUGCGUACAGCUCGUAACUGCAUAGAGCAUUGUUCCAAACUCGUCAAUA